AUGGACGAAACCUGCGAGCUGGGCAAUCUGCAGGCUCCAGGCCGACUCCUACUCACAUCUAUCCCUAAGUUGACUGACGAGCAACCCCAAGCCGUUUCGCCGACCAAUCGAGUGCAGGACAAGGAGGCUCGGUCAGCAAGCUUCCGGACAUGGAGAUUCUGGGCGAUUAUUUCGGCAUUGACCAUCACUGGCCUUAUGUCUGCAAUUGAGGGUACCAUCAUAACGAGCGCGCUACCCACCAUCACAAACGCUAUGGGCGGCGGUGAUUCCUACAUUUGGGUUCCCAACGCCUAUCUCCUGGCACAGGUAGCCAUACUUCCCCUCGCUGGGCAAGCAAGCAAUAUCUUUGGUCGUCGUAAUCUCCUGCUGGGAUCCGUUGCCCUUUUCACACUCGGAGGCGGCCUCAGCGGCGGUGCCUCUUCGAUGCGAAUGCUGAUAGCGGCCCGAACAAUCCAGGGACUCGGCGGCGGAGGCAUCAACCUUUUGAUAGAGACAAUCGUGACCGACAUUGUCCCGCUUCGGGAACGCGGUCAAUACAUGGCCAUUGUGGGCAUCGGUGCUGUUGUAGGAGCCACCGUGGGCCCGUUUCUGGGCGGGCUGAUCACCGAUCAUGCUUCCUGGCGGUGGUGUUUCUAUAUCAACGUGCCCAUUGGCGCUGUCUCCUUCGUGAUCCUGUUUAUUUUCCUUCGCGUCAAAUAUGAGCGCGACCUGAGCUGGUCGGCACGCUUCAGGCGCAUUGACAUCUCUGGCAACGCCAUUUUCGUGGCCGCAAUUGCCUCCUCCCUGAUUGCGCUCACUUGGGGCGGCACCAUCUACCGCUGGAGCACCUAUCACAUCAUUGUGCCCCUUGUGUUGGGUUUUGUGGGCGUAUUGCUCUUCAUCGCUUUCGAAUGGACGCCGCGACUGUGUCCUGAGCCUUCUUUCCCACGAGAGAUUGUGUCAAAUCGCACUUCGGCAGCCGUUCUCAUCUUGACUUUCAUCCAUGCGAUCGUUGCAUACUGGGUAUACUACUUCCUGCCGAUAUACUUCCAAGCCGUUAAGGGCUUAACACCUCUACGCUCCGGAGUAAAUACGUUACCCAACGUGGCUGGCGGGCUUGUCUUCGCGAUUCUGGGAGGCGUCCUCCUCUCCAAGUUUGGCCGCUACAAGCCUAUCCACUUGGCUGGAUUCGCUAUUACCACUGCCUCCUUUGGUUUGCUCAGCAUACUUGAUGCCAACUCAAGCAACGCCGCGUGGGUAUGCAUACAGCUUCUAAAUGCCCUCGGCAGUGGCGCGCUCGGCGGUGUGCUACUACCUGCGGUUCAAGCGCCUCUGGAUGAGAGUUAUGUCGCCACAGCUACGGGUGUUUGGAGCUUUUCUCGCUAUUUCGGUUGUAUAUGGGGUGUUACUAUCCCGAGUGCUGUGUUCAAUAACGAGUGCCGCCGUCUCGCAAGCACCAUAAGCAACGCCGAAAUCGCCGGUAAUCUGUCUGGCGGGGGUGCAUAUCAGCAUGCCACAGGCGCCUUUUUGUCUAGCAUUGAGGAUCCAGAACUUCGCGCAGAGGUAGUCGGAGUCUUUACCGCAGCGAUGCGGGUGGUUUGGCUGGUGGGGAUUGCAUUUGCUGCAUUGGGGUUCCUGGUCACUUUCGUAGCGAAGGAGAUUAAACUUCGGGAGGAAUUGAACAAUAGCUUUGGCGUGGAAGAAAGCAAGCAUGUAUCAGUUUCCCCAAAGGAAGAUACUGAGGCGGUAUUAUCGUCUCAUUCAGUGUAG